AUGUCGAAAAUCGUACAUCGUUAUCGAGAUGACCACACACUUUUUGUUCUUGGUUGUUGCAAUGGAUUACUCUGUUUCUGGCUAAGUGCUCGUAUAAUCUGUGUUUGGAACCCGAUCACGAACGAAUACCGAAGACUUCCAAACCCACCCGUGGUAUACUCUCAUCCCGGGCAGUGUCUUUCCGGGUUCGGGUACGUCCCUUCGUUAGACGACUAUAAGCUAGUAUUGUUAGAGUUCAUCAAUGUCGAUGAUGGAAAUAACUUGAUCCGGGUUUAUUCUUACACGUUGAGGUGUAACGAGUGGGAGCUCAUUCGGGUUGUUGAUGAUAUGUUUGAUUCGCCUUUCCCGGAUAAUCCGUUAUACAACUACUUUUGUCCCCAAUCCGGGGUCAUUUUACCCAAUUCGAAGUCACAUUGGGUCGCCAGACAAAACUACAAAACCCGAGACUGUAACUUGAUAUUAGCUUUCGAUUUGGUGACAGACACCUCUAACACCGUAAAGGUGCCCGAAGAACUCUUGUUACAGAGUGGAGAACCAUCGAUGAAAAGGUUUCUUUAUUGUUUGAGUAAUAUCGAUGAUAAGCUAUGUAUUGCUGCACAUGGUAUUCGUUUAGGGGACUGUACUGAUUCCCUACAAGUGUGGAAGCUCGAACGAUUCAUUAAUGUUGUUUGGUUCACCUUUCACCCUCCAACAUUCUUCAUUGCACCAAAUCUGAAUGUUGGUGAAUUGAAUACAAGAAAGAUGAUGGGUAGUAUUGUGUGA